GUACAUCCCUCCCUAGGUACAUGUAAGUAGCGACGACGGCGUAUGACUCAUCAGACGGAAGUCCACAUUCUAAGAGUAAGAUUUGAUUGUUAACGAUGCUUCUUAUUUUCCUUUUAUACGUCCCCGACUUUAUAAUAACUCAGCACGUUGUACUUGACAUCCGCAGCCAUGUCCUCUAAACAUGCCUGGAAAGUUGAACUUAUUCCUUGGGAUCACUUGAGCCCUGAGCAUGUACAGCGCAUGUAUGAUCAACGAAUUGCAUGUGGAUGGAGGGCAGAAGAAGUACCUGAAUGGAUAGAAGCUGCGAAGAAAGGUGGAAAGAUAUUCUACUGGGUUCUCCUUUCGAAUGAUUUGCCAGAAAAGGAGAAGCUUAUCAAAACACACCUGGAAGCAUAUCCGAAGGAGUCGACCACAUUGACGGAUACAGCUGCAGAGAUCAGACUUGUUCCGCGGCAGCCAACCAACGUCGAGUUUAUUCCUAUAGGUCAUGUGGCUGUUGAUAUACAUAAACCUAAAGAGGAUAUGAGUCUAGGACUUCCAGCUACUGGAACUGUUUGGAUCCAUCAGCUAUACAUAUCAAGGGCACUGCACAAAGGUGGAUUUGGUGUUGGAACCAUGUCCAGUAUCGAAACAUUGGUCACUCAACCCCCAAUGAACGCAAGGAUUGUCGCCUUAGAUACCAUGUCCAAGGAAUUACAGACAGACCCCGUGAAGCGAGCUUUGCUUUAUAACAAGGAAACAGGUGUUCCCCCGCCACUGGUUCCCAGUCAAGAUUGGUACGAACAUCAAGGGUACGAGGUAUUUAAACAAGAUGAUAAUGCGUUUAUAUGGCACUUGAAGGGGAUUAGCAUGCCUAUUAGCAUUGUGUAUAUGAAGAAGUUAGUGGUAUGAUGGGAGCACCCUUGGAAGGAAGGCAAUCCCCCCUUCAUAACUUGGAAUUAGCCUCAUAAUGAAUCGAUUGGAUCUUGACUGUAUGAUUCGGGAUGAAAUCAUUCCAUGCCGUCCUCAUGAACUCCGUGCUUGCAUCGCAUUUGCAUUAGAGAAGCAGCAAUAGGAGUGAGGAGAGCUGGAUGCAGCGGCCAGCGACCAGCGGCCAGCGACGAAAAGCUUCUAAGAAGUAACCUGAAUGGCUUCCACAAAAGUGUCGAUGAGAAGUUUAUCUGAUGCCCAACGGUUAGGAGGGCUUAAACGCAAGCAAGGUAGUAUUGCAUCGGAAGGAACCGUUUUGACUUGAUGGUGGUUAGCCGCGUCGCAAUAGAUGAGUGGUCAGAUAGCCACGCGGUGGUGAGAAGGGUCAUGCAAGACAAGUCAUGCAGCGGAUUGAGAAAAGGUAUAUCCUAUGUAAGAGAGACAGCGAGGUGAGGCGACCUCUUAAGAUAAGAUGUGACUGGUAAGGAUCUUGAGAGGAAUCCGGGGGUGAUCCAUGCGCCCCGUUGCCCCACAAUACAAAGUACGUGCAUAGCGCUAUGUACUACUAGUAGUACAAUACAGUCUUUAUCCCUUUA